UGCUUUUACAUGCCCAGAAAUGGGAUGAUAAAGCUUUCAAAUUUUUGGAAAAGAUGAUUUCAAAAUGUCCAUCUUAUGCAAAAGGUCACGGCCUCGUUCCUACUGUAUGCGAUGUAGGAUUAUUUGAAACUAUUUGGAUGAUGCAAUCUAUUGUAGAAUUAUGUCUAAAUAUUCGGGGAGACAAGAAAAUUAACCUCAAGCAUAUAUCAAUAAAAAAACUUUUUUCCAAGAAUCUUGUAUUUAUUAAAUACUUAACUGCAUUAAGCAAAGAACACGGCGGAACUAUUGGAUGGACUAGUUGGGACAAUAAAAUACCGAAAGACGCUGACGAUUCAACUGUGUGUAAUUGGGUUAUUAAGAAAUUCAAUUCUAAUAGUACGGUUGAUCUCAACAUUAUUGCAAAAAAUUUUUAUAAUGGAAAAUACUUUAUUACUUUUCCCAAUGAACGAAACUUCUCGAUUAGUUGUAAUGUGCAUGCCCUCAAUCUUUUUGUCUUGGAGUAUCAAAGUUUACAACCAAAUAAUCAAAUGAUUGAAAUCUCAACUUCUAAUACUGGUUCUAUAAGAAAAGUCAAGUUGGAAGAGAUAAUUGUGACUGAAACAAAUUUCCUAAUCUCACAACGGCAAGAAGAUGGUGCUUGGUUUGAUAAAUGGCAUAAAAGUCCGGCUUACCCAACUUUCAAAGCAAUAGAAUUGCUAUUAUCCUUACAAGAACAUCCGAACCUAUGCGCCAAGUUAGGAUUAAUAAAUGAAUUAUGUCGUAAUUAUUGCAGAAAAUCAAUCGACUGGGCAUUAAGUACACAACAUAAUGAUGGAAGUUGGGGUGAGCCAUCGAUUACAGGACCUGGAAAUCUUGAAGAAACAAGCUAUAUUGUAAGGCUACUGAAGACUGCUUCAAAUAAUUGGUCGGAUGAUAAAGUGAUUCAAUCAGCAUUAUAUAAUGGUAGGAAAUACCUUAUUAAACAUCUUGAUGAAUCAAUUAUGGAUCAGGGAUAUUUUAAUACAAAGCAACCAUUUUUGUGGAUUGGCAAACAAUAUUACACUGUUUCAAGAGUUAUCAAAUCAUCUAUUCUUGCAUGCCUUUGGGAAGAUUGA